UUAAGCAGAUGGACCCUGUUCUACCACAAUGCGAGGAAACACUGUUGUUAAAACAUACGUAUGGAAGAGAAAUGGCCGAACAGCUGUAUACAACAUACCGUAUCAUUUAAUGCGCCUAAAAUUUUUGGACGUCGGAAACAUGAUAAACACAAUGAUUUACAGUGCGAUCAAUUGAAGAUCAGCGCUAGCGGGGACAGCCAUGGGCGAUACAUCCAGUUUACGCAAUGUGUCACAGUGGGAGAUGCAAAAAGGAAUAUUGCGUGCAACGAAAAGUUACGCAGCUUCCGCUCUGUCGACAUCGUCUGUAUAGAUACUGGGACCAUUUAUGCAGACGAGGUGAAUUUAUCAUCAUUUAGAACCAGUGAACCUAUUCUAGUUAUGAUUGGAAAUGAAGAUAGAAAGUUCCCAUCUUACCUAGAGACUGAUGAAAAAGACCCCAUUUGUCCAGAUGGUGACGAACCCAGAUUCCUAAUGCCUUGUCGCCAUGCCACAACACCUGAAAACCUAUUCGGAAGGAUGAAAUCUUCAUUAGGCAGUGGAGGAUCUUUCCCAGUUAGGUGCACAACUCAUGGUUGCGAUAUGGUGUGGGAAAUAUCGGAUAUAAUGAAGAGAGCUGACCUAACGGAAGAUGAGAAAAUAUUUUUCACAGCAAAGUCUUCUUUAGUUUCUAUGAGAAAUCUUAAUGUUGAAACUUGUCCCAAAUGUACCGCAUAUUGCCAGAUAAACUCUGGGAGUCCUAGCGUCAGUUGCGCCCAGUGCAGUGAUUAUACAUUCUGCAUUAAAUGCAAAGAUGCCUGGAAAGAUGGUCAUACAUGUGAUAUAAAAGAUGUAGCUGAGAUGCAAAAAAUUCUAGAUGAGGCAAAUAAAAAGGAUAUUGAUUAUUGCAACGUAGAAGGUGUUCCAGAUACUCGAAUGUGUCCUUCUUGUAAACGUCUCAUACAACACGACUCAAUGUGUAAACACAUGAAAUGCCUAUGUGGUGCGAAAUUCUGCUUUGUAUGCCUCACAUUUUGUGAAGAUUCAAACCCGAGUUGUACAGAUUUUGAUACAAAAUGCCGUCCAGCUCCCACUCAAAAAUGUUAACAAAACUGACAAUGUAUUUGAAGUACGAAGUUGCAAUUAUGAUUAUAUUCUUAAUACUGUGGAAUCAUUUAAAUUUGGGGGCGGGGGGAGAAGAGGCUAUAUUUUAGUGAAUUGUAAAUACUUUACAGUUUUAUUAGAAUGUUAUGUAGCAGAUGUGGUGUCCGCACAUUGGAACAUACAUUUUGUAUAUUGAACUUCUUGGGACAAACGUACCCAUGAAAUCAACGAAAAUUUAGCCCCUAUGUUAUUAAAUAGUUCCACAGUAUUCAGUAAGAUAUAUUUGGUCGACGGGGUGCUUGCUCCUCAUGUGCACCUUACACUACCUCUGGUAAAUCCAGGGAUAGGUGUUUUUCCCUCUAUUUUGUAUUGCUUAUAGGAGUUUUGAGAUGCAUCACUGUUCCUUAUCUUCACCUUUCAUUAAAUACUUUGCGAUCAUCAUAACAAAAACAUUGGAUUAAACAGAAAAUACAAUCAUCAAACAGAAUAAAAUUGGCAUUGGCUUAAUUAGAGGUAGAAUACUUAUCGAGAAUAUCUGAACUUUGUAUCAGUAUAAAGGUGAUCAUACAUAUUGCUAGAUAUUGUACUAUUACCUACUGAGGGCUCAAAUGAAGCACCAAAAACACACAUAUAUAUUCUCAUUUAAAAUCAAAUAAUGGAUCUCAACAAAACACGAUCCCCUAUCACGAAAAAUUGUAUCCAAAUAUUUUCCAAUGAUUGGGGUUGACAUCAAUUUAUGUUGCUUUAUUUCAAGAUAUAGUGUUGAUAAGUUAACUUUUUCUGAUUUGCACAAAUGAGAAAAAAUAAAUAAACAGAUGCGUGCACGGUAUUAAUGUUUUGAUGGAUGAAAGAUGACGAUAACGAACAGUGAUCCAUCUCAUAACCCCUAUAAGCAAUACGAAAUAAAUGUUUGGACAAACACGGUCCACUGGAUAAAGGUGAAAUAGGGGUGAAAUCAAGUGGCUAGAGGAGGUAAGUAUGCCUGUUGACCGGUCACACCCGCUGUCGGCCAUAUGUCUUGAUCAAGUAGAUGGGGUUAUCUGUAGUCAUAAUGUAUGUGCCAAGAACGACCUAAAAGUUGGUAUGAAACGCGUCAGACAACAUUUGUCCCAAUGACAGUUUGUAUUACUAGAUUGUUUUUGCGAUCACAGAAUUUGGGAAAUGCUUACUUUAAACGAUACUAUUGAACCCUUGUACCAUCAACUUGCUUGUCAGAAGCCUGUCUCGAUUUAAAAACUGACCAUACGCAGAACAAGCUCUUGUGUAUCAGAUCAGUGGAGAGAUAUAAACCCAAAUGCAGUUGAUAAUGGAAUAUUGCUGCAUAAAUAAGAGUAGGUGACAAUGGAGAAGCUGAAAUCAUCGUGUUUAUCAUUUAGUUGAGUUGUUAGUUUGGCGUUAAUAUCUAUUUUCAAUAAAAUAUCUAAACAUGAAGCAUA